AGACUUAAUUGAAUAAAAAAAUGUUAAUAAUGAUUUUCUUUCCCAGUUACAAAAUCUUUCUUACUCAUCUCAUAUUUCCAUAUGAUGAAAUUAAUAAUUUUCUUACAUAGGUUAAUAUAAUAUGAAAUCAUCAUAGGAUUUUCAUCAAAUUUGAUAUUAGAUUUUGGCAUAGAAAGAAAAGGGAAAAUAAAACCCCCACACCCACGAGAAACGCUUGCAAAAUGCGAAUACGCCUCGUGGGCUUUGUUCACACUCUGCGUAGGAGUAUAUAUUUUGCACGAAAGAAAAAAUUUUAUUUGAUCUCUCGAUCAAACUGAAAACGACCGGAGAAAACUAUGAAGGUAAGAGCAAGAGCUCCCGGGAAAAUCAUACUUUCCGGUGAACACGCUGUUGUUCAUGGAUCUACUGCUGUUGCUGCCUCCAUUAAUCUUUACUCUGUUGCUUCCCUUGAUCUCUCUUCUGAUGAUGACGGUAUGCUAAAGCUUGAGCUCAAGGAUACAGAGUUAGAGUUUUUGUGGCCAACAGGGAGAAUUAGAGAAGUAUUGCCAGGUUUUGACUGUCCUUCGCCUUCAAUACCAAAAUCCUGUUCAACAGAGUCAUACAAGUCCAUUGCGUCACUUCUAGAAGAGCAAAAUAUUCCGGAAGCGAAAAUAACAUUGGCUUCUGGAGUGUCUACAUUUAUCUGGCUAUACACUGCCAUCCAUGGGUACAAACCUGGAAAAGUGACUAUAUAUUCUGAACUUCCUUUAGGCGCUGGCUUGGGUUCAUCAGCUGCAUUUUGUGUGUCACUUUGUGGUGCCCUUCUUGCCUUAUCAAACUGCUGUGCACUUGACUACGGUCAGCAAGGCUGGGUGACAAUGAAAGAGAGUGAGCUUGAUUUGGUAAACAAAUGGGCUUUCGAAGGUGAAAAGAUAAUCCAUGGCAGGCCAUCUGGCAUCGACAACACUGUAAGCACCUAUGGAAAUUUGAUACAGUUCAGGUCAGGCGAACUCACACGGCUCAAGUCGAAUCUUCCAUUAAAAAUGCUAAUUACAAAUACUCAGGUUGGAAGAAACACAAAAGCCUUAGUUGCUGGUGUGUCAGAGAGGACACUGCGCCAUCCUGAUAUAAUGGCUUCUGUUUUUGGUGCUGUUGACUCAAUAAGCAAGGAGUUGUCAACUGUCCUCCAAACACCAGUAGCUGAUGAUAUAGCAAUCACAGAACAAGAAGAUAAGUUAGAAGAACUAAUGGAAAUGAACCAAGGUUUGCUUCAAUGCAUGGGAGUAAGCCAUGUUUCAAUAGAAACUGUCCUUCGAACAACACUCAAGUACAAAUUAAAAUCCAAACUCACGGGAGCUGGUGGCGGAGGCUGUGUAUUGACACUGUUGCCAACACUUCUGUCCAGUGUUGUGGUUGAUAAAGUAGUUGCCGAGUUAGAAGCUUGUGGCUUUCAAUGCCUCAUAGCAGAAAUUGGAGGCAGCGGCUUGGAUGUAUGCUUCGAGAAUUCUUCCCGGAAUUAAAAGGUUAAUUGUUAGAGCAAUUUUAGUCUCAUCUUUAUUGCGGAUUAUUGCUAUUUGUACCAGUGCAAGUUAUUCUUCUUUGUUGUACAAUACGCUUGUACAUUAAAUUCAUUAUGGUAGUUGGCAUCCUCAUUCGUCGACUACAUUAAUAUUUCUCUUUCGUAGCUCAAUGGUGCUAUGUAUUAUUGGGUCCUUAGAUCUUUUGAGUAGUACAUUGUGUGAAGUUAAAUAUUGAGCAUUUAUUAAUUAGAUUUUCGUUUUUUGUUAAUUUUAUAGCAAUUUUAUG